ACACAGGCUUGGGCCCGACGGGGGAGACGGAGCCCGAGAAUUGUUGAAGCCUGGACGUCCCCUCCCCUCCCCCUCCCCCCUCUGCCGCUUUGUGGCAUCCCCCUCCCUCCACCCUUUCCCACUCUGAUAAUCUAGCCAUGACUAGCAGAAGCACAGCCAGGCCCAAUGGGCAGCCCCAGGCCAGCAAAAUAUGCCAGUUCAAACUGGUCCUGCUGGGUGAAUCUGCAGUGGGGAAAUCUAGCCUGGUAUUAUGUUUUAUCAAAGGGCAAUUCCACGAGUACCAGGAGAGCACCAUUGGAGCGGCCUUCCUUACCCAGUCUGUUUGUCUAGAUGACACGACAGUCAAGUUUGAGAUCUGGGACACAGCUGGGCAGGAGCGAUACCAUAGCUUGGCCCCCAUGUACUACAGAGGUGCCCAAGCUGCCAUUGUGGUUUAUGACAUUACUAAUCAGGAAACCUUCGCCCGAGCGAAGACAUGGGUAAAAGAACUACAGCGACAGGCCAGUCCUAGCAUCAUUAUUGCCCUGGCAGGGAACAAAGCCGACCUGGCCAACAAGCGCAUGGUGGAGUAUGAAGAGGCCCAGGCAUAUGCAGAUGACAACAGCUUAUUGUUUAUGGAGACUUCAGCCAAGACAGCUAUGAACGUGAACGAUCUCUUCCUGGCAAUAGCUAAGAAGUUGCCAAAGAGUGAACCCCAGAAUCUAGGGAGUGCAGCAGGCCGAAGCCGGGGUGUGGAUCUUCACGAGCAGUCCCAGCAGAACAAGAGCCAGUGUUGUAGCAACUGAGGGGUUGGCUAGCAGCAAACAAGUAUGGAGCUAGCACGAGAGCUAAGAAAUAACCUCCAUCCCUACCCCUCAGCACACAGCCCCUACGGUAACAGCACACUGAGCCCUGGCUCCCAAGGGCUGCCUCUUGACAGCUCCGUCAUGGCACUUUUUAACGCUUCAGCAACAACACCAGGCAGCUGUUGCCA